AUGCCGGCGCGGGCGGCGGGGGCGGGGCUGGAACUAUCGCGUCUUUCUGCCUUCAAACCGGAUCUCUAUCACCGUGCUUGGUCCUCAACACCACAUCCGACACUCCCUCUUAUAGCCACAGCCCACGAAAAAUCUGUCACCGUCUUCUCUCUCUCCACCCUUUCUGCUCACAGCAACCUUACUGGCGGACAUACCAGAUCGGUGCGUUGCGCAGUUUGGAAGCCUAACCUUCCACCUGGGAAGUUAUGUCUAGUCACGGCAAGUUUCGACUCGACAGCCGGAUUGUGGAGGUGGGAGGGUGAUAUCCCGCUCGAGGAGGGUGCUAAGAAGGGCGAAUCGACCGAGAUUGAUGUCACACGAAGGCGGAACGACGAUGACUCGGAUAAAGACAGCGAAGAUGACUGGGAAUUCACACUAGUCCUCGAAGGACACGAGAAUGAAAUCAAGUCUGCUGCAUUCUCCCCAUCAGGCCAAUAUCUCGCAACCUGCUCGCGCGACAAAUCCAUAUGGAUCUGGGAGGACGUUGGCGCAACCGAGGGCGAUGAUGAAUGGGAGACAGUUGCUGUCCUGACCGAGCAUGACGGUGACGUCAAAUGUGUCGCCUGGUGCCCCGACGUACCGGGUCGCAACAUAAGCUCUUACAGCCCCGACGUUCUUGCAUCUGCCAGCUAUGACGACACCAUUCGUAUAUGGCGCGAGGAUGGCGAUGGGGAAUGGGCUUGUGUUGCCGUGCUGGAAGGUCACAGCUCGACGGUUUGGGGUGUGCAGUGGGAGCCAAAAGUGGACAACACGAAAUUCCCCAGAUUGUUAUCUUGGUCGGCGGAUAAGACAAUUAGAGUGUGGACUCUUGAGCAGGAUGACUCCGAAUCGGAGCUCACCCAACCUGGGGCAGUACAGUCUCCUUUUAGGUCAAGCCUUGGAGGCAUACCAAACACGAUGCGACGGACUCUCAAGGAAGAGUGGCGUUGUUCCGCUGUUUUGCCAAGUGUGCAUACGCGCGAUAUUUAUUCGGCUUCAUGGAGCAAGAAUGGCCGGGUAGCUAGCACUGGGAGUGAUGGCAGUAUCGUGGUCUAUGAGGAGUGCGCACCAAGUGGCUCUUCAAGCACGCCUGCAGGUUUGGAGGGUGGAGUCUCUGAUGCCAUCGUAAAACUAGAGGAGGCCAAGUGGAAAGUUCUCGGCCAAGUCUCAGAUGGACAUGGACCCUACGAGAUAAAUCAUAUCACGUGGUGCACGCGCCAUGAUGCGGGUGCAGAGCAGCGAGGAGUUGACGAGAUGCUGGUUACGACCGGCGAUGAUGGAAUUGUACAAGCCUGGCAGCUGAAAGAAUCCAUAGAGUGA